GUUUUUUUUUGGUGCUCGCGCAACUAUGACGGAGGAGGAAUCGGCGGAAAAGAGGCACUGAUAGCACCAAGGUCCUUAAUACCAUUCAGACCGCCGAGUCAACCACACACGCAUUUUCUUGAACCAUGAGGAGCAGCGCGCUUUUCAUCCUCGUCGUGCUGGCCACCGUCGCCUCUCAGGCCAGUGGACAGCGGCUCUCCUUCGGACGCUGUCCCAAAGUCAAAAUCAUGCCGAAUUUCCAGCCGCAAUUGUAUUUGGGAAACUGGUACGAGUACAAGAAAUAUUUCGCCAUCUUCCAACUGGGCGGAACGUGCACGGUCGCGAAUUACGUAGACAACGGCCACGGAGUCAUCGGGGUCGUCAACAAACAGUACAAUCCACUACUUUCUCGAUACAACACAAUUGUCGGCACGGCCACCCUGAAAGGCGAGCACGGCGAGGCGAAACUCGGAGUCAAAUUCCCGUCUGCAGGAAACAUUGAGUCUCCCUACUGGAUUCUCGACACCGACUAUGUCAGCUACGCCGUCAUCUUCACGUGCAACGACUUCGGCCUCUUCAACUACCAAUUCGCGUGGGUGCUGACGAGGGAGCCGUUCCCGUCGGACGGCACGAUUCGGGCGGCCGACUACGUGUUGAAGGCGAACGGCGUCAGUUUGGAGCCCUUCAGCAAGACCAGCCACAAAAACUGCCCUUGAGAGCGCGACGCGAGCAGCGCAGCGCAGCACACUCGUUCAUCAUUUCGCACAUCGCUCGCUGCCGCGCUCCUUCCACAAUGAGACGGGCGGUGUCGGCAUAAAUAUUAUUACUCUCACAGCUGCUAAAAAAUAAAAAUAAAAAAUAAAUGUCGAGAGGCGUAGCAGCGAAAUCACUUCCUUUGUUCCAUUGUACUUGUCCUGUUUGCAACAUCAUAAUUUUUGCAUAAAUAUAUCAUAUAUUUUUAA